AAGCAGGUCUUGGAGUGGAGAGGUUGGGGGGCCUGGCCUCAGGCCAGAGAUGGUCUGGUCCUAGGGGGCUCCACUGGCCUCCCCGGGCACCUCUUUUUCCUGGAUGCACCUGACCUAGUUUGCCACGUAAGCAUCUGCUCCCCACUCCGCUCACCCAGCAAGAUCUGCACCCUAACCCUUCCGGUUACACCCAAGCCGGAGCUUUUAGAGCCACAGAGGCGCCUGUUCAAAUACAGCUUCCAGGGCCUGGCACCCAGGUCCAGGGGAGCCAUGGCCACGCAGUCCUGGCUCUAGCGCCUUACCCGGACCCUUGCCCUCUUCCCUCUGUCCCACACACCAUACAACUGGCCGCUGGCCUCAGCCCCUCCUGCCAGGACCUCCAGCUGUGGUACAUGGCCUCCCAAGUCAGGCUAAAGGUGACAGCUGUGCACUCCUGAAGGGAAGGCUUCCUGGAACAAACGAGCGUUGGAAAGCCUUCAGGCCCGCUCUGGCACAGACCCCAGUGAGAAGCUACUGUGGCUUCACUCUCGUCCACAGAGGAACAGAAAGGGGCAGCAGCUUGCCCAGGAGCACACAGCAUGCCAGAGCAGAGGCUGAGGAGGAGCCCAGGCCUCUGUGCCCCCAGCCCCCCACUCUCUUCUCAGUCUGCAGUGGGGGUCCUCUCCCUGCCUGCUUUCACCCUGCUCUCAUGUGGCCCCAGCUGCUCCUGGCUAAUGCUGAAAUGGGCCCAGAGGGGCCCUGGGAAACUGGGAAACAGGGGAGUGAGGCAAGGGGCAGGGGGUGGAGGAGGACAGGCUUUCAAACAGAUGGGCCCUCCCCAGGCCGAACACGUGUCCACCCCUCCUCACUGGCCCGGGAGCUGUAGGCCGUGAGGACAGCUCCAGGCCCCACCACCCCACCCACCUUAGUCGGCUGUAGAGCGUCGCAGCCCCAGGGGCAGCCAUGGCCCCCGGGGAGAAGCUGGACCCAGUUCCUGACAGCUUUAUCCUGCAGCCUCCCACCUUCUACCCGGUGGUUCCGUAUAUCACAACCAUUUUUGGAGGUCUGCACGCAGGCAAGAUGGUCGUGCUUCAGGGAGCAGUCCCCAGAGAUGCACGCAGGUUUCAGGUGGACUUCCAGUGCGGCUGCAGCCUGGACCCGCGGCCAGACAUCGCCAUCCACUUCAACCCUCGCUUCCACACCACCAGACCCCACGUCAUCUGCAACACCUUGCAUGCAGGACACUGGCAGAUGGAGGCCCGGUGGCCUGGGCUGGCCCUGCAGAGAGGGGCCAGCUUCCUCAUUCUCUUCCUCUUUGGGAAUGAGGCGGUGAAGGUGAGCGUUAAUGGACAGCACUUCCUCCACUACCGCUACCGGCUCCCGUUGUCUCGGGUGGACACCCUGGGCAUAUUUGGGGACAUCUCAGUGCAGGCUGUUGGAUUCCUGAACAUCAGCCCAUUUGCAGAAGGUAGCAGAGAGUACCCGGCUGGACACCCCCUCCUGCUUCAGAGUCCUGAGCUGGAGCUUCCCUGUUCACGCACCCUUCCUCAAGGACUCUGGCCUGGACAGGUCAUCAUAGUUCGGGGACUGGUCUUGCAAGAGCCAAAGGACUUCACACUGAGCCUGAGGGACGAGGCUGCCCGCACACCUGUGAUGCUCAGGGCCUCCUUUGCAGACCGAACACUGGCCUGGGUCUCUCCCUGGGGACGCAAGACACUGAUCUUGGCACCCUUCCUCUUUCACCCCCAGCGAUUCUUCGAGGUGCUGCUCCUAUGCCAGGAGGGGGGGCUGAAGCUGGCACUCAAUGGGCAGGGCCUGGGCGCCAUGAGCGUGGGCCAGGAGGUGCUGGAGAGACUGCGGGAGCUCCAGGUCAGAGGAAACGUCCAGCUGUACUGUGUCCACUGCUGAGGAGCUCAAAGUGGUCUGGCCAGAAGAGGAAGCCAGCCUGCACGAGGGCCUCGAAAUGUGGUACCCACCUGCUACCACCAUACAGACCUCAUUCACCCCUGUGGCUGCAUCCUGGUCUGCACCGUGUGAGACGGCUCCAACACUGCAAGUCCCCCACCCAGAGCUGGGGUUUGCUUCGGCUUCCUUCAGGGCCGCACUGUGCCCAGGGGCCAGGCUGUGGAGCCUAGCGAAGAUUCUCAGAAGUACAGGGGCCUCAAAAACCUGGACAUUUACUCCAUUGCUACCCAGAAGCUCAGGAGAGACUGGCCCAGGCCAGCAGGGCACUUGCCUCCCCAGCACUCAGACUCCAUCUUUGCCAUCUGUCCUUCCCAGGCCCCAGUAGCAGCAGUUGCACUGGAGUUUGAGAUCUCGUGAGUCCAGGCUGGGCCUAACACACUACUCACACCCAUCCGUCAGCCGGCUUCUAUCCGUGACACAGGCUGAAGCUGCAUGUAGGGCUUCUCCAGAGCAAGUCGCAGGGCCACCAUUACAUAGUAACAGCAGGCGGGAGAGGCGGAGGGAGAGGGAGGCCUGCCCUUCCCUGCGGGGACAACAGCACAGGCACACAGCCAGUCUGCAUUCCUCCACCGGCCACGCAGGCGUCAGGGGGCCCCUAGGUUACCGUGCAGCCCAGGUGUGUCAUGGCCUGUGCCACUCCGGCUCAUGUGGGUUCCCUCUGUGAUGUCCACACAAUGAUGGAAUUGCCAAACAACGCAUUUCUAGAUCUUAUCCAUCGUGGAGUGACACAUAAGGGAGCACUCAGAGAAACUGAACCUAUGUGAUGGAAUAGCUGGAAUGAGUAUUUUUGUAACUAUGUUCUACAAGAAGAGAGCAAUAGCCUUCGCUCAUCCAUUUACCAAGAUUGAUCUAUCACAGGGAGAAUCUUAGUAAAUUCCCUGGAGCAGAGAUUUCAAAGCAAACCCUCAGCAUAGCCAAGGGAACCUGGGCAUCAGUGAGAGUGGUGACCACCUGGAAACCAAGGCGCUGGGCUCUGGACAGGAUCUGGGCCAAGGAGGAGCCAACACACACUGGCUGAGUCAGGAACUGCCGACCCAAGGUCAGAGCAAAGGGAAGGCUACAAGCAGCUCCGCCCUGGCGCCAUUGCCGAGCUGGGAGCAAAGUCUGUGCUGCUGCUGCUGAGUGUGUACACACUUAGGACUGGUGUGCUGUACAGAAAAGAAUUUAACAGACCAGACCUAAGGCAGCAGCUCUUAGAAAUCCCUGCAUAGAAGGCUGGCUUUGGCCUCCUGGAAACACGACUGGGCAGUUCCCACACUGACACAGAAUUUGCCCUAAAUGAUAGAGUGACUCGCUGUGCCAAGGUCAGGGUGACAGUGUGGCCCAUGCUGAGUGCCAGCCUUCCUUAUGGGAGUCCAGCAUCUCUGUAAAUGCUAGGCAGAGAGCACCUACGCCACUCACCUUCAACAAAAACUCCAGGCUUCUGAUGCAGGCGACACCUCUGCAACACACUCACACACGUCGUCAUGACUCCCGAGGGAGGAGCUGGCAGGUCCUGUGUGUGACCAUAGUGAGGACUCUCAGAGGCCUGCACCUGGCUUCCUCUGGACACUGCCCCUUGGACCUUUCCCUUUGCUGAUUUUGCUUUGUAUCCUUUGCCCUAAUAAAUCUUAGCUGU